AUGGACCCGGCGCACAGGCAAGUCCACUGCGAGCCGCUCACAUACUCCACAGCUGCUGCUGCCGAGCUCAGACUGGAAGACGGGGGAGUGCGCGUCACUCCCGGUGGCAUUCCGGUGAACCUGCAUCCCAGCAUUGGAGCCGGGGACCAAUCCCCCGCCAGGAUGAUCGAUGACCCUUACACGGACUAUCAUUACUAUGUCGACUCGCUCUUCCCUGCGUCCACUCUCAUCCCGGUCACUGUGGUGUGCCUGCUCCUCUUCCUGGUUGGUGUGGUGGGCAACACCAUGACCAUCCUCAUCAUCCAGCGCUUCAAGGACAUGAAGACCACCACCAACCUCUACCUGUCCAGCAUGGCCGUGUCAGACCUGCUGAUCUUCUUCAGCCUGCCCUUUGACCUCUACCGCGUGUGGAAGUACGAGCCGUGGGUGUUUGGCCCGCUGGUGUGCCGCAUCUACCACUACAUCAACGAGGGUUGCACGUACGCCACCAUCCUGCACAUCACGGCGCUCAGCAUGGAGCGCUACCUGGCCAUCUGCUACCCGCUGCGCACCAAAGUGGUGGUGACCAAGCGCCGCGUGAAGCUGGUCAUCCUGGCGCUGUGGGCGUUCGCGCUGCUCUCGGCCUCGCCAAUGCUGCUGCUGGUCGGCGUGGAGUACAAGAACGCUACGCUGGCGGACGACAGCACGCGCCAGUGCGUGCCCACCAGCUACGCCAUCGACUCGGGCCUCCUCAACACCAUGAUCUGGGUGUCCACCAUCUACUUCUUCGGGCCCAUGCUGUGCCUGCUCUUCCUCUACGGCUCCAUCGGGCGCAAGCUGUGGAAGAGCAAGAUGGAGGAGCUGCGAGGGCCGUGCGCAGCGGUAAGGGCCAGGUCACACCGGCAGACCAUCAAAAUACUCGCCGUGGUGGUGCUUGCCUUCGCCAUCUGCUGGCUGCCCUAUCACAUCGGCCGCAACCUCUUCACCUACGCCAACGACUACUACGAGGCACGCCUGAGUCAGAACUUCAACGUGGCCUCCAUGGUGCUGUGCUACCUGAGCGCCUCCAUCAACCCGGUCCUCUACAACCUCAUGUCCAAGAAGUACCGCGCCGCUGCUCACCGCCUCUUCCUGCUGCGCCGGUGCGGCCACCGGCCCGGUCAGCCACGGGCGCUCUCUGUCCGGGAGGACAUCGCCACAUGCACCGACACCUUCACCGGGGUUUAA